CUUUCAGAGAGAAGUGUUGUAGCUCGCAUCAUAGACUUAUCUCCGGGGGCUGGUAGAUAUAAGGCGAUAAAGAUGGGCUGAGUAUACUGUACUUUAUGAUAUCACUCUCUGCGAAGGCGUGUGCGCGAUAGUUUCCGGUUAAGUGGGUUUCAUUUAAUAGUAUUUACUCUUAAGCACUUAAGAUAAGUUGCCACACAUAAAGAACGUAGCAGUUAUCGAGGUAUAUCGUUUACUAAUUUGAAGACUCAGCGAAAUGGCACUAUACAGCUUAAAGAGCAAUCUGCACCUGGCGACCCUCAAAACCCUUUCGCUGGUGUCAAUAAGCGUUAUGUCACCACAGCAGAGCGUUCAGGAGACGUUCAGGACCGCUGACUGCGUGUGCUUCGAUGUGGACUCAACGGUCAUACAAGAUGAAGGAAUUGACGAGCUGGCCAGAUUCUGCGGGAAAGGCGAUGAAGUGAAACGGCUGACAGCGGAAGCUAUGGGCGGCAACAUGACAUUCCAAGAGGCUCUGAAGAAGAGGCUAGACAUCAUCAGACCAAGCGUUAGUCAAAUCAAAGAGUUCAUAGAAACAUUCCCUGUACACCUCACACCCGGAGUAACAGAACUAGUUAAAAUGCUACACGAGAGAGGAGUUAUAGUGUACCUGGUGUCGGGAGGCUUCAGAAGUCUAAUCGAACCAGUGGCGGAGAAACUACACAUCCCACCUAGCAAUGUAUAUGCGAAUAGACUAAAGUUUUAUUUUAAUGGCGAAUACGCCGGUUUUGACGAGAACGAACCAACAUCAAGGUCCGGAGGAAAGGGCCUGGUUAUCAGGAGGCUUAAAGAGCUGCACGGAUAUCAGAGACUGGUGAUGAUCGGAGACGGGGCUACUGACGCUGAGGCCUGCCCACCGGCUGAUGCUUUUAUAGGCUUUGGCGGUAACGUUGUAAGAGAAGAAGUUAAGAAAAGGUCGGCGUGGUACGUGACUGACUUCCAAGAACUCGUCUCUCACCUCAACGUCCAGACCAAAUGAACCGCAUCGCAUGACAGUACAGAAGUUGUUGCAUAAUCGACCUCACUGCAUUUGACACAAAGAUCAGUAUCCCAUAACGUUCAUACUGAACGGCUACUAUAACGUAGGAACGAAAAAUAACAUAGCAUUUAAUAUAUUAUCUCAGCAUCGGGUGGUAAGCUGUAUUUUCUUUUAUUCGCCUCUUCAAGAGUACACCUUUCACUUGUCGAUACUCGUAUGGUAUAGAUAAAUUUAUAUGGAUGCAAGUAUAUGUAUAUACAACGGAAUAUAUGUAACGGAAUCAUGAAAUACUAUUAGAAGGUACCUAAGUAUAUUACAUAAGGAAUCAUCCUGUAAAAAUAUUAAAUCAAAAAAAGCACAUUUAUUUUUCCAUACAAACUAAUUCAAAAAAUUCUUUGUUUUUACCUAUCACAACCCUAUUGAAGACAAAACACCGACAUGUGCACAAUACCUACGUUACGCGACGCGCGAAUUGAUUUUACUUUUGCAUGUGAUGUUAGGGCUGUAUCUGAUUACUUUCAGUAAAAAUGAUGGCAAUCUAAAGCCUCUGAAGUAUUAUUUCGGUUUUCAUUGACACGUUGCAUAAACAAUUAAACGAAAAUAAUUAAAUGAGUGUAGGUAAAAAUAUGUCUGAAUGUUCCGCGAGUGGGACUUCUUUAUAAAGUUUAUAUGGGAUUUACAUUCAUAUAUAGUGUUCCGGGAGAGAAAAGACAGAUCAUAGAAAAAAUCAUUUUUGUAAUUUUAUACUGUUGCAUUUUGUCUUAAAACGGAUUAGCUUAGUGUAGCCAAACAUUCAGGCUUCAUUAAAAAAGCAAUAAAAAUCAACCAAAAGUAUAACUUUCACAUAGACCUUGGAAAACAAAAAAGAAUCCCGCAAGCAAACAAACAAUCCAAAAUAUCGCUUAACUAUUUUAUUAUUUCUUUGUUUUUUUUUUAUCUAAUUACUGUAUGUUGUAGUACAUAAAGCAUAUUUGGUUAUAAUUCAACAUUUUGACUUUUUUUAUAAUCAUGCAUGCAUUUUUUGUAAAUAUUUUCUUGUAGUUUUAUUUUUGUAGUUGACAAAAUGCCAUACGUAGAAAAAUUGUUUGUGCAUUUAUAACGAUCGUUGUAACUGGUUUUGGUACUAUAAGUACGAAAUAAUAGUAUUUUGGGGACUUAGUCUCGUUUAGGGGUGCUUUUAAAAUGUGAUGGAUCAAAAUUUAGUUUUAAUUAGUUAAAAUAAUAAAUAAUUAUUUGUCGUGUAUGUAAAUAUUGGUGCUAAUUUGGUUCCUAAUAAUCCUUUCUGGUAACCCCAUAGACUAAACUAAACUGUUGGAAAGUUAAAAUAAGUUUAUAGUCCAUGAAGUUAAAUUUUUAGAAAAAAAAGAUUAUUAUAAUUUCCUAAAAGGUAUUCAGAGAGUUAGGACUAGAUAGCAUAAAAUAACUUUUUAAUUUAUAAAAAAAAGUAUUACUUGCCAGUUGUAGUUAAUAAAACUAAAAUAUUUUAUUUUAGUUUAGUUUAUAUAAAUCGAAAUAGCACCAGUAUUUAGUUAUAUUGUUGAUUUACUCGUUUAGGAAUAAUUGUGCAUGUUGAUUAUAUUUGAUACGUUACUUUUAUGGUAUUAAAGUUUAUGAUUAAGUUAUGACAAAUUUUCUAAUUAAGUUUUUUUAAUAAUGAAAUAUUUAAAUUUAAUUGAAUUACUGUAAUAGCUUUUUGUCAUAUCAAAAAUGGCUG